GGCGAGAACACUACUAACUGAGCUACGUUCCUGGCCCAACUGUCCUCAUUUCUAGUGACGUCGGCUGCUACAUCAAACAAGACAGACGCUAAGCACUCCCAUCCUUAUAGGAGGCGCCAUGAUGGGAGACCGCUGUGGCCAGAGAUCAGAGGAAACAGGAUGAAUGGGCUGAAAACGCGGGCCUGUGCCUGCUUGCUCUUGAGUGGGCAGAGCCCCUGGUGAGUGCGAAGAGGCCGAGCCUUAGGAAUGGUGACAUCACAAAGCACAGCUCACAAUGGCUCCAGAACGCCUGGACUCCCCGGCCACUUUCCCUGAUUUAUGUCUGAUUCCUGAAGUCUCUGCACAUGUAGUUCCUGGAGCUGCUAUCUUACAAUGCCAACAUCUCUGAUUACAACUUCCUCCUGGGACAACCUCUUAAACGCUCUUGCUCGCAGCUCAAUAUGGAAUUGGUUACAAGCAACUUUUGUGGGAGAGACUACUAGUGUGCCUCAGCCGACAAACUUGGGGAUACUAGAUAAUCUCGCUCCAGCUGUGCAAAUCAUCCUUGGGAUUUCCUUUUUGACUUUAUUGGCAAUCGGAUUGUUUGCCUUAUGGAAACGAAGCAUUCGGUCAAUUCAGAAAAUAGUGGUGUUUGUGAUCACACUCUACCAACUUUACAAGAAGGGCUCAGAUUUUUUUCAGGCUUUGCUAGCCAACCCAGACGGAAGUGGUCGCCAGAUUCAAGACAAUAGUAAUAUCUUCCUGUCGUUGGGUCUGCAAGAGAAAAUUUUGAAAAAGCUUCAGAUGGUGGAAAACAAAGUGAGAGACCUGGAGGGGAUGAUCGUCGCCCAGAAACCCGCUGCGAAGCGGGACUGCUCCUCCGAACCCUACUGCAGCUGCUCUGACUGCCAGAGUCCCUUGCCCACAUCAGGGUUCACUUCCACAUCUGAAAUGUGAUGAACUUCAAUCUUUUCCAGAAAAGCACUGCUUCCCUCGUGUGUGCAGUGGUGUAUCAAUAAAAUAGAGAACUAUAUUGAAAUCA